UCGACCGUCACGCCCCAAGGAAGUUUUCCCUAAAAAGUUAUCCCAAAUCAGUCUGCACGUGAGCUUCGAAGCCUUUAGGGUUUCGGGUUCGCUCUUGUCGUGUUUUGUCGCAGUUUCAUCAAAGUUCGCGUUUAACCUCGUUCCAUUUUCCCGCGCCGUGUCGCUCCAGGCUCACGUGCGUUUUGCUCGCGAGGACACUCCACGCGGGUCUGCAGCAGCUUCAGUCUGUAGGCGGGGAGCAGCGAAUCCACAACGGGGCUCCGACUAUUUCCUGAGACACUAAGCUUUCGGUUCAACCUCUGUGACAUCACAGACUGGAAGUCGUAGCCAUGGGGGAGCGGGUGCUGGUGGUCGGCGGCGGAGGGCGGGAGCACGCGCUGGCCUGGAAGCUGGCGCAGUCGCCGCAGAUUCAGCAGGUCCUGGUGGCGCCGGGGAACGCGGGGACGGCCCACUGCGGGAAGAUCAGCAACUCUGAAGUCUCUGUGAGCAACCACGCCAUCCUGGCUCAGUUCUGCAAGGAUCAUCAUGUGGGUCUGGUUGUAGUGGGGCCCGAGGCGCCGCUGGCGGCAGGAAUCGUGGACGACCUGACGGCGGCGGGAGUUCAGUGUUUCGGACCUUCGGCCAAAGCGGCUCAGCUGGAGGCCAGCAAGAGCUUCGCCAAAGCCUUUAUGGAACGCCACGGCAUUCCUACAGCUCGCUAUGGAUCCUUCAGCGACCCGCAGGAGGCCUGCAGCUUCAUCCGCACGGCAGACUUCCCCGCUCUGGUGGUGAAGGCCAGCGGCCUGGCGGCAGGGAAGGGAGUGAUCGUGGCCAAAGACCAGGAGGAGGCCUGUCGGGCUGUGAUGGACAUCAUGAAGGACGGAGCGUUCGGAUCAGCAGGAGAGACGGUGGUGGUGGAGGAGCUCCUAGAAGGAGAGGAGGUGUCGUGUCUGUGCUUCAGCGACGGCACGUCCGUCUCGCCGAUGCCCCCAGCUCAGGAUCACAAGCGGCUGCUGGACGGGGAUCUGGGUCCGAACACGGGCGGCAUGGGAGCUUACUGCCCCACCCCUCAGGUGAGCCAGGAGCUGCUGCAGCAGAUCACAGAGUCGGUUCUACAGAAGACGGUUGACGGGAUGCGAGAGGAGGGAGCUCCUUACGUAGGUGUGCUGUACGCGGGGCUGAUGCUCACCGAGCAGGGGCCCAAAGUCCUGGAGUUCAACUGCCGCCUUGGAGACCCGGAGUGUCAGGUGCUGCUGCCGCUGCUGCACAGCGACCUGUAUCAGGUCUUCAUCAACACCCUCAACGGGAAGCUGGCCUGUAACGCCCCCGUGUGGCAGCAGGACGGCUCUGCGGUGACGGUGGUCCUGGCCAGUGCCGGAUACCCCGGUUCCUACAGGAAGGGCGUGGAGGUCUCAGGUCUGUCUCUGGUUCAGGACAUGGGGCUGCAGGUUUUCCACGCCGGCACUGCUCUGAAAGAAGGGGGCGUGGUCUCCAGCGGCGGCCGGGUCCUGACCGUCACGGCUGUCCGACCUACCCUCGAGGCGGCUCUGCUGGCGGCCAAUCAGGGCGUGGCGACCAUCGGGUUCCAGGGCGGCGUGUACCGGCGCGACAUUGGACAUCAGGCCAUCGCUCACCUGAAGCGGCGCAGAGGCCUGACCUACAGGGACAGCGGGGUGGACGUCUCCGCAGGAAACCGGCUGGUGGACGCCAUCAAGCCUCUGGCCAAAGCCACGGCGCGCCCCGGAUGUGACGCUGAACUUGGAGGCUUCGCCGGGCUCUUUGACGUGAAGGCCGCUGGCUUUGUGGACCCCAUCCUGGUUUCUGGGACGGACGGCGUCGGGACUAAGCUGAAGGUCGCUCAGGCGUGUGGGAAGCACGGCAGUUUGGGUCAGGACCUGGUGGCCAUGUGUGUGAAUGACGUUCUGGCUCAGGGCGCCGAACCGCUCUUCUUCCUGGACUACUUCUCCUGUGGCCGCCUGGACGUGGAUGUAGCCGCCGCCGUGGUGGGCGGCAUCGCCAAAGCGUGUGAGCUGGCCGGCUGCGCUCUGCUGGGCGGGGAGACGGCGGAAAUGCCGGGCGUGUACUCUGAGGGGGAGUACGACCUGGCCGGGUUCUGCGUGGGCGCCGUGGAGCGCGGCGCUCUGCUGCCCCGACUCCAGGAGAUCGCAGAGGGAGACCUGCUGAUCGGGGUGUCCUCCUCCGGAGUCCACAGCAACGGCUUCAGUCUGGUCCGCAAAGUUCUGGAGAGAGCCAAGCUCAGCUACAGCUGCCCCGCCCCCUUUGGAGAAGCGGGUCAGACCGUCGGAGAAGUUCUUCUGACUCCCACUAAGAUCUACAGCCGCCUCCUCCUCCCCGUGCUCCGCAGCGGCGCCGUCAAGGCCUACGCCCACAUCACAGGCGGGGGGCUGCUGGAGAACAUCCCCCGGGUGCUGCCGGAGAAGCUGGCGGUAGAUUUAGACGCCUCCAGGUGGAGCAUCCCCGCCGUCUUCUCCUGGCUUUACAAAGAGGGGGGCCUGAGCGAGGAGGAGAUGGCCCGCACGUUUAACUGCGGUCUGGGGGCGGUGCUGGUCGUGGCCCCCCCGGAUGCUCAGAGGGUGCUGCGACAGCUGCAGGAGGAGGAGGCCUGGAUCGUGGGUUCUCUGGUUCACCGGCAGCCAGGUUCACAACCUGUGUUGGUCCGCAACCUCAACCAAAGUCUGACGAAGGCGGGGCCAGCAGAACAAAAGGACGGUUACCACGGCAACAGCACCACACCCCAGAAGAAGACCAGAGUCGGAGUUCUCAUUUCCGGCACAGGAACCAACCUUCAGGCGCUCAUCGAGCAGACCCGACGUCCGUCCAGCUCGGCUCAGAUUGUGGUCGUCAUUUCCAACAGACCCGGUGUUCAGGGACUGAAGAGGGCGGCACUCGCUGGCAUCCAGACACGGGUGGUCGACCACAAACUGUUUGGCAGCCGUGCGGAGUUUGAUGGAACCAUUGACCGCGUUCUGGAGGAGUUCGGCGUGGAGCUGGUGUGUCUGGCCGGGUUCAUGAGGAUCCUCACUGGAACGUUUGUGAAGAAGUGGACAGGUAAGCUCCUGAACAUCCACCCGUCGCUGCUGCCGUCAUUCAAAGGGGUGAACGCUCAGAAACAGGCGCUGGAGGCUGGCGUCCGCGUGGCGGGGUGUACCGUCCACUUUGUGGCUGAGGAGGUGGAUGCUGGAGCCAUCAUCGUUCAGGAGGCGGUUCCCGUCCUCCCCACGGAUACGGAAGAGACGCUGUCGGAGCGCAUCAGGGAGGCGGAGCAUAGGGCGUUUCCUGCCGCCAUGGAGCUGGUGUCCAGUGGUUCUGUGAAGCUGGGAACAGAUGGACACAUCAUAUGGAAAAGUUGAAGAAUCUCCUCAAAGUGUCUGUUCCCGUAGUAGAUCCCUGUAGUUUUCCUAAUGACUUGACUUGUGACAUUCCAAAUAAAGUUCCUGCUGAUGAUGA